AUGUCGUGGUUACCCUCGAACCUCUCCUCGGCCGCCUCAUCUCCGACACCCGUCGGAUCCGCCGUCUUUCUUGCGAUUUCCUUUUUCAUCAUUUGUAUUAUUGCACUAUUGCUCUUGCGACGCUUUUUAACCCUCCGUGCGACUCCCGGCUAUAUUAUUUUACCCGUAUUCCUCGCCUUGGUGCUUCCCGCCAGCGUCGUUCUGCUGGUGCCUGUUGACCUCACAUCCAGCUCGAGAGAUGGAGCUGGCCCCAAAGGAGUUUGGCUGCCGGAUCGAGCGAAUCUAGUCCUAUGGCGUAUAACAUAUUGGCUAAUUUUCUGUUUGACUUGGUUCAUUUUACCCCUCUUGGGUGAAUUCGUUGAUUCCGGUUAUCGCGAUCCUAAAGGUCGCUUACUUUACUCCCUACGUUCAAAUGCUCGAUAUCAGCUUAUUGUUCUCGGCUGUGGGAUUGUCGGCCUCAUAUAUGUUUCCAUCCAAGAGGGAUUCGAUUUUACUGCGAUUAGAGCUCUAGUAAUGGCAUUAGCUUAUAUGUGGGGCUUAAUAUUCGCCAUCUAUCUCAUGGGUCACGGUCUCGUUUCUAUUCCUCGCUCGAUCUUCCGUAAAUCAAACAACGCCAAUGCUUUGCGAAGAAUUGAAACCCGUGCUCCCAAAAUUCAUGAUCGGCUUACAGAUGCCGUGACCGAACUGGAAGAACUCGAGGGCCAGUUAGCACAGUUGCAACGGCGCAAAACUGGAACGGCACGCGACUACGAAGAGUGGAUAGAGGAGUUGGCCGACUAUUCGAGCCUUCCUGAUUCUCGUCCUGCGGCACUGCAUUCUGUUGCCGAAUCCACCGCCGUGCCUGCGAUUAUUACAGAGCGCUACCUAGCCGACCUUUCACGAAGACUCCAACGCGCACGGCAUCAAAAGGCUCGGUUUGUCGACGAAUGGGACCGCCUCGUGCACUCGGCCGCGGAUUAUCAAACAAUCUUGAACUCGACCGCAUCCAGAAAGCUCGACUUCGGCGUAAUCGGUUCUGACGCGGCGUCUCCAUCAAAGCGAGGAUUUCUCAGCCCUUAUACGCGAUACUUCCUUUAUAUUAAUGUCUUGCCGGUCCUCCGGCUUGUCGCUAGCGCUGUAUUUAGUGUCGCAUCAUUCUGUGUCGUCUGGUCUGAACUGAUCAAGCCUUUUGCUCCGCGAUUGUGUAUUAUCAGUCUUACCAUUGUCCCACAUCCAAAUGAUGCAGGCCAGGUUGGCUUUGGAGGCCAGAUUAUUUGCUCGUUGUGGCUAUUGUACAUGUGUACAGCAGCUCUGAAGGGCGUCAAUGAUGCUCAAGUUUGGGGCAAUCGUGCCCUAGUACGACGAAAUACGUAUGGUGAAAGCGCAUGUUGGUAUGCAGGGCAAGUUGCGCGUUUGACUGUGCCUCUUGCAUACAACUUUCUUACUUUUUUCCCUGAAGACAUUCGCGGCAAAACGACAUUCUACCGAUUUCUCGGUCAAUAUAUUGAUUUGACGUCAGUGAGCAAGGAGUUCGAUUAUUUCUUUCCCAUAUUCAUCCUUCUCCCAGUAUUCGCCACGACCUUCAACUUCUACGCCCGGAUUAAGAAAAUCUUCGGCUUUGGCAUGGUGGACGAGGAUGAUGAUGAUGGCGAGGCCAACCCCGGCGGUUUCGGGGUGGGUGGCUGGCGAGAAGGACGCGCACUCAUCGAACGCGAGCUGAUCGGUUUAGGCUCUUUGAGUCUGACCCAAAGCUCCGUCGACCCCGUGCGCAGUACCUCAUCCAGCACUGCAACUGCUGCUCGCCGCACCGCACCAACCACGAGCGCCCUCAGAGCCAGCGAACGGACAUCACGAACGGUAGGAACAACUAGCCCAGCAGACGCCGCUGCGGCUAGCCCUCUUAUUGGCGGGGAUGUCGAAGACGAAAACUUCUUCCAGUCCUUUGCCCAUCGAGUGCGGAAUACCUUCGAAACUACGUCCACGCCAAGGUGGCUACAGGGUGAUCUCUCGGGCUUGAGCAGGCCGAGAUGGUUAUCAGGUGACGGAGCAGCAUCGGAUAGUACCGGUCAGAAUAAUAAUAAUGGAAUUCUAGGUGGAUUUUUUGGCAGCCGGAAUACAAAUGGACAUGUACGAUUGUAA